AUGCCCAAAAAGACAUUCACAACCGUUACACCUCUCCCGGCAGGUGUAUCGCGUGAGAUUGUAAUACAAACUCUACAGGACCAUCUCGAAAUGAUUGAUCUGAAUCCAGCUCACUGUUCACGAUUUCGUAUUCUAACUCCCACUUCUGCGACACCCGAAGAAUUUCAUUGCGCCUGGUACAGAAUAACUGACCGUAUUACCAUGUGUCCUGGAUUUCCUCAAAAGACUAUAUCAUUCAAUGCAUGUUUUCACGACCUCGCCAACGGCUCCCAGAUACACUGUUAUGCGCCGAUGGGAUUAGACAUAAAGCAAAAAUGGACGGUUGGAGGUAAUGCGCCGGGAGAACCCAUUCAACCCACUGAAAUCGGCAUAGGAGCCCCAGUCACUGGUCUUUAUAUUCGAGAAGAUGUAGAGCUUAGAUGCAAUUUCCUAGCCGCAAAAUUUGUUCGUCGAACCUUAAAAUCCGCUCUCAAAGUCUUAGUCGCCCGGCUCCUCGUGAAAGCCCAGUUACUAGAGGCUGCCGGGAGUAAUCAGCGGUUAAGAAUCGCACAAGCAAUAGGCGGAAGUAAUAAUGAUGCAUAUAAGUACAGUGAGUAUCGAAACAGUGAGUAUAGAAACAGCGAGUAUAGAAAUAGUGAAUACAGGAACGGUGAGUAUAGAAAUAGUGGAUACGGCUAUUCAUCUCCACCUAUAAGUCCAACACUGGUGUCGCCAAUGAGCACGAGGAGUGUUGAGUCUAGAUUUCCGCUCCAUAUGGAAAAUAUCACAUCCACGCACUUUCCUACACCAAGCAACCGCGAACCAGAGUCUCGUUAUCAAAUUAAACAUAGUUACAAACCAGAACUCUGCAUCUCUCCUACCGAGAAUAUGAUGCCAGUAGAGCUACCUUGA